AUGGGUACCAUGGCCGAACCGGAGCACUUCAUGCGGACAUCUGGCGAGACAGACGCAGUAUGGAUACACACUGACCCCUACUCAAACCGCCCCAAGUUCUCGAAGCUCGAUCGUGAUCUAGAAACCGAUGUUUGCAUUAUCGGCUCAGGUAUCUCCGGCAUCUCCAUCGCUUACGAACUGGUCACAAGCGGGAUGAGUGUGGUCAUGAUCGAGGCACGUGAAGUCCUUUCUGGAGAAACUGGAAGAACAAGCGGUCAUCUUGCAAGCGACCUGGACGACGGAUACACCGCGAUUGCGAAGAAACAUGGAGACGACGGCGCGAAGGCUGCGGCCGAGUCGCACACCUGGGCCUUGAAUCGUGUGGGCGAGAUAUCUCAACAGCUCGGAAUCGAUUGCGAAUACCGAAAACUACCAGGCUACGACAUUUCGCAGUACCUUCGGAACAGCAGGGAACAUGCCGACGAUAUGCAACAGAUCUUGGUCGACGGAAAGAAGGCGACCGAGCUUGGGCUCAAGGCCGACUACAAAGAGGGCUUUGCAGUAAAGGGUUGGUCCGGCGCAAUCGACCAGAGAGACGCGGUCGUUUACGCGGACCAGGCCACCUUCCACCCUACGAAAUACCUCGUAGGCGUGUUGAAGUUCCUUCAGAGCCAAGGCAACUUCUCGUGCUACACCUACACGCGAGCUAUGAAUGUCGAAGAGAAAGGCGUCGAGGUUCUCGGAAUGGGCCACAAGGACGUCUACGUCAAGACCCUGGACGGUAACACCAUCAAAUGCCAGGACGCGGUCGAAGCAACUUGCGUCCCGCUCCAGAAACUCUCCGUAAUCGCGGAAGAAGAAUACUACCGCACGUACUGCAUCGCUAUCCGCAUACCCAAGGGCUCUGUCGAAGACUGCCUACUCUACGACUCUGCAGACGCAUACAAGUACAUCCGUCUCACCGCAUGCGACGAGAAGGAUGACUACAUGGUGGUUGGUGGAGGUGACCACAAAGUCGGCCAAGACAACACCCUUGCGCCAUUUGAGGAGCUGGAGAAGUGGACACGGGAACGCUUCACGCAAGCUGGCAAGAUCGACUACAAGUGGAGUGGGCAGGUCUUUGAGCCAGUAGACUUCAUGGCUUUCAUUGGCAAGAACCAAGGCAAGAAACACACGUAUAUCGUGACCGGUGACAGCGGCAACGGUCUUACGCACGGUGUCCUCGCUGGCAAACUCAUCGCCGAUGAAAUCACGAACACGCCAAACCCAUGGUCAAAGGUCUACAACCCCUCCCGCCUCUCCUCGAUCGCCAAGUCACUUCCUUCCAUGUUGCAACACGACGUGCAGAUCAAUGCGCAGUACAAGCGGUUCGCCGAGACAGACAUUCAAGACAUCGAGGAUCUUCUUCCCGGUGACGGCGGUGUGUUGAAUGCGAAAACGAAGAAACCGAUUGCCUGCUACAAGGAUGAGAACGGGCAAGUGCACAAAUUCAGUGCUAUUUGCCCGCAUCUACAUGGUGUCGUGUGUUGGAACAGCGCGGAAAAGAGUUGGGAUUGUCCGAUACACGGUAGUAGGUUUAGCAAGGACGGCGUGCAGAUUAUCGGACCGGCCAAGGCGGGCUUGGCUCCUGAGAAUGAGAGUGGAGAGCAGUUGCAAAAAAGGGCAAUUGAGGUGUAG